AUGACGAGAGCGCUCAGAUUUGCUGCUGCUGGACUGCUGGUACUUGGACUUACGGCGAUUGGCGUUCUGAAAAGUGGCUGGAUGGCUGAGACCGACGCGCUUGAGAGGGAGACAGCGGCGCCGUGGCUGCCGCCCAUUGGGCUGAUAGAGAAGGUGGUUUGCGACGGCAAUCGCGACUUCCGCUUGCUGUUUAUUGGAGACGUUCACGGCCAGUACCAGGAGUUGAUGCGUCUGAUCGAAGACGAGGCCGGCGGGUUGGACGACGAGACGACCGUGGUGCUGCUGGGAGACAUGGUUAGCAAAGGACCGGAUUCCGACAAGGUAGCCGAUUUUGUGCUGCAGAACAGAGAUAGGGUAAAGUUUGUCUUCGGGAACCACGAGCUGGCCACGCUGUUUGCAUAUGUGAACCCGGAGCUGAACUGCAAGCCGCUCGAAAAGGUGCAAGAGCGUCUCCUGCCGCUUAGAUUCAGCGAUACGAAAGAGCUGUUUUUUCCAAGAGAUCUGUCCAAGGUGAAGAAGUCGCACUCGUCGCUGGCGAAGCAACUUGGCUUUGAUGUCUUGAAGCGCCUCGCGUUGCAUGGGUCGCUGGCGCUGCGCUUCGAACUGCCGACGAAACAGACGCUGUACGCGGUGCAUGCCGGGAUGCUGCCGGGCGACUUCGCCGACACAACGCCCUCGGUGCACUCGCUCACCGAGAUGAAGUUUGUAGAUCCGGCAAACUGGAAACGUACCUCCAAGAGCAAGUUCCCGGGCGCUGAAAGAUGGUACAAGCUGUGGGAUCGCAGCAGCCCGAAGCGCACGACGGUGCUCUACGGACACGACGCCAGGAGCGGUCUCAACCUGCGCGACCGCACCAAGGGGCUCGAUUCGGCGUGCGUAAAAGGCGGAAAACUCACCGCUUUGGAGUACACAUACAGUCACAAGAAGGGUGAAGUUACCACCAGACUUCUACAGACCAAAUGUGUCCAAGACUAG